CUUUUCGUUUCGUUUCUGGAUUUGGUUAGCUUUAAUGAAAAGCAAAAAUGAAACUGCGUUUGCGUUUAGACAAAUGCAGUCAAGUCAUUGAAAUUAGUGAUGAAAUCUCAGAAAACUUGACAGUGGCUGACUUAUCAGAGAGAGCACUGAAUAGUUUUCAGGAUUAUUUAUUUGGAGAGUACUACUUGAGCCUGAACAAAAAAGAUCCUCUAGAUGGACAUCUGAAAGUUGUAGGAGAUUGUGAUAUAGUUAGUGGAGAUCUUGUUUACAUUGUAAGGACAGGAGAUAGUGCUGAAACCACACCUAGUAGUCAGCAACAUGUGGUUUCAUCUGCUGCUUCAGGUAGUAGUCUGACUUCUGAAAAAAAUGCACCAAGUUGCACAUCAGGUCAGACAAAUAAGGAGAAUAAAUCACAUGACCAAGUUGAAAACCAUGCUAAAGCAGCAAUGAAUAUGGAUACAGGGCAGCCAGGCACCAGCUCUCAAAAUGACCCAGCACCAGAGACAGGUACCAGCUAUGAUGUUACCAUGGAAACUGAAGAGGAAACAGUUGACAUUGCUGUUGUGAAACAGUGUCUUAGUGAGCCAGUAUUAUGUAGAGAGGCUGCAAAUGGGACUGUACCAGCUCUCUUAAGGGAAAUGUAUGAAGCUUUAGGACCUAAAAACAUUGCAGAAUCUCUAAGUACUGUUCUUCAUGUGUUGAUGCUUGAGACCGGAUUUACUGUACACCCAGAGUCGGAGAAUACUGCCGUGUCUCAGUUACCAGGUGAAUGGCGUUAUGGUGGUUAUUACAAGUUCUCAUAUACAUACCAAGGUUGUGCAGACACUACAUGUUGUAUAACAAUCGUACCAACAGGAAAUUCAGUCGCUGUUCAUGGUAAAGUUCUAAGUACAAGCAAUGCAACAAGACAGUGUUCAUUUAAGACAGAAGAGUAUGUGCAGGCUGUAAAUAAAGACUGUGCUGCAUGUUAUUGCCAGUUGGCCAAGUUGUCAAUGUUGUUCAAGGAUUCCAUAGCAAAUCCUUUAGUUCAUGAUAUAAGAACAGCUGCAGGAUUGGUGGAUGUGUUUGGGCUUUUAGCGCUUACACAGGAAAUAAAGUUACGCAUAUUGAGUUUUCUAGAUGUUAGAAGUUUACUGCAAGUGUCGUGUGUGAAUACAGAACUAUUGGAAAUUAGUAAAGACCCAUACCUUUGGAGAUGUCUAUACUUGAGAAACUUUGGUAAUAGACACGAUAAUAGUUUAUCACAGAACUGGAAAGAGUUAUACAAAAAGGAAUACAAGAGUAGAAAAGAGAGGAGAAAAAUGAUGAGCCGUAUGAAGAUAAUAACGCCUCCCUACUGGGGACCCCAGAACCCCUUUAGUGGUCCCAGUAACUGGAUACCUCCAGUCCCAGGAGGAAUUAUUGGAGGGGAUUAUGACCUGUAUCCUAAUUUUCCAAGUAGCUUACCAGGUGUGCCAGGUAGAAUGGGCCCUAGACCACCUUCAUUGCCAAGACCUAGGUAUGAUCUUAUAGGACCAGGACCUGAUGUUGACCCUGGUCCUGACCCUGGUUUGAUCCCUCGCAGACCAGGAGGAUCUGGCAGAGGGGGUGGUAGGGGGAGCAGUCCGUUUGGUGGGUUCGGAGGAUUUGGACCAAGGUUCUUCUAGAAUAUACAUCCGUUUUAGAACAAUACAUUAAAAAGAACAAUAUUAUAAGCUAUGUAUUUCUAAUGAACAGUUUAGUGUAUGUUCCAUGCAGGUAAUUUGUUUUGAAAAAGAAGUUUGCUACAAGGCCAUCACAUGUGUUUAGUAAUGAAGUUCUAAUGAUUUGAGUAUUAUGUGUAGUUCUUUGUUAACUUGUAUAUGAUAUGCAAAUGAUGAUGAGAGGUUAAUUACCAAAAGGUACAAAGUGCUGAUAAUUAAAGAUGGUUAUGAUGCAUUUGGGCAUUAACCGCUCAACAUCAUUUGCAUAUCGCAUAUGUUUGACAACUCUACUAAACAAAUUUACUGGGAACUGUAUUGAUAUUUGUUAAUCGCAAAACAUUUUCCUCUAUAAUUCUGCAAGUGUUAUGUGACUUUCUUUAAUUUAACAUUUAAUUGGCUACUACCAGAGCUAUACACUCCAGGUUAAAAGAUUAAGUCAUGGUUCAAUGUGACUAUGUUUUGCUGGAACCAGUAGACAGACAUUUGUAAAAUUUCAAAUAAAUCUAUUGUGCAGUUAUCCUGCAGACUCUUAUCCUUGAAAAUUUGGGUCACUAGCGCAAAUGAAGAAUAUAGCAGCAUUUUACAAUAGUGUUAUAUAACACAUGAUUUAUGUCGGUUUGUUGAAAAAACUACGUCCGUAAGUGAGUUAAUUUCUGGUAACACUGAAAAGUGUCCAGACAUCCAGUGUUGAUACCCUUGCAACUUUCUCUCUCUGCCUUGGAAAAUAAUCUUACUCUGAAAUAUAAGCAAUCACUUGCUCCUCACGGCUUUGGGUUUGAAACUUCACUUGGAGCUUAAAAUUCUUUCAUGUGAGGAGGUCAUCCAAUUAGCUUGCAGAAGAUCUGUGGUUCUACCCAGAUGCCAAGAGAUGCCUGAUUUUAUGCUUAGACACACACCUGGGGUCUUCCUCCAACAUGAAAAGCUGGAAAGUCGCUGUAUUACUUAUAAUUGUGUCAAUGUGACAUAAUGUCCGUGUGCUGUUAUAAUUGUGUCUAUGUGACUUACAUCCAAUUAAAAACACAAGCAAAACUGUUAUAUGUUUGAAAUAAAAGGCUUUUUAAUUGCAAAAGAAGCAAAUUACCUGCCUUACCAGUUUGUAUAGCUAUGUUAGUCUGGGGAAAAAACCUUGUGCAAUUUCAUAUUUCUGUUGGUGCCUGUAAUGCUGAUUUUUUUGUAUGUUUUGGUAUUCUGAUUAAAAUUUGAUUUAUUGUUUCAAAUAAAUACAGAAAUAAAAUCUGGCCUCCUUACAGAA